AUUGGCUUUAGUAAGAUAAGCAGCACGCACGCCCAAAUCAAAGUCCAUCUUCGCCGCCAUUUUUUAUUUUCUUUCACUCUAAAAUCUCUCUCACCACCAACCACGCUUAAAGCGACGCCGUUUCUGGGUUUGCCGGAUUACCAUCUUUUUUCUGAACUGCGAAGUGGGUUUCAGUGAUGGCGAUAUUGAAGAGCUAUAGCAGCCUCUGCUUCAGAGGAACAACUUUCCCUGUUUGCCCCUCCAAUGUCACCCAUAAUAGAAACACCAGGAACUCAUGCUGGAAGCCUACACAAGCAGCUGUGAGAUCCAAUUUCCACCUCCCAAUGCGUAGUUUUGAGAUGAAAAACAGGACUUCUACAGAGGACAUAAAGUGUCUGAGAUUGAUUACUGCCAUUAAAACUCCAUACCUACCUGAUGGUCGAUUUGAUCUUGAAGCAUAUGAUGACUUAGUGAAUAUGCAGAUUGUAAAUGGAGCUGAAGGUGUUAUUGUUGGUGGCACAACCGGUGAAGGCCAAUUAAUGAGCUGGGAAGAGCACAUAAUGCUUAUUGCUCACACAGUCAACUGUUUUGGUGGGAAAAUUAAAGUUAUUGGAAAUACAGGAAGCAACUCCACCAGGGAAGCAAUUCAUGCCACCGAGCAGGGUUUUGCUGUUGGAAUGCAUGCUGCGCUUCAUAUAAACCCUUACUAUGGCAAAACCUCCUUGGAUGGUAUGGUUUCACACUUUCAUUGUGUGCUUUCCAUGGGGCCAACAAUCAUAUAUAAUGUGCCUUCACGGACCGGUCAAGACAUUCCUCCACAUGUAAUUCAAUCCUUAACUGAAAGUGCUAACUUGGCUGGUGUCAAGGAGUGCGUGGGAAAUGACCGGAUCAAACAGUAUACAGGUAAUGGAAUUGUUGUGUGGAGUGGGAACGAUGAUCAAUGCCAUGAUGCUAGAUGGGGCUAUGGUGCUACUGGAGUGAUAUCUGUUGCAAGCAACCUGAUUCCUGGUUUAAUGCGAGAACUCAUGUUUGGGGGAAAGAAUCCUGCACUGAAUUCUAAGCUCUUGCCUCUGAUUGACUGGCUUUUCCACAUGCCAAACCCCAUUGGUUUGAACACAGCUCUUGCUCAACUUGGGGUUGUGAGGCCAGUUUUCAGGUUACCAUUUGUACCGCUCCCUUUGGAGAAAAGGAUAGAAUUUGUCAAUUUGGUGAAGAAAAUUGGUCGAGAGCAUUUUGUUGGAACAAAAGAUGUUGAGGUUCUUGAUGAUGAUGACUUUUUCUUGGUUAGUCGUUAUUAAUUUAGGUUACCUUCUAGGCUCAUUGUAUCCUUUCCAGGGUUUUGCGGAGUAGUGAGUUCAAGUCUAGUUUGUUUUGAGUGACUAUUUUGUAGUUGGAAACUGGUUCAAAUUUGUUCGGAAUUAUAAUGCAACUGCAUGUUUUAUUAACUUUGUUUAAAUC